UGAAAAUUGUAAACAUUAGACCUCGAAUCCCACAAAAAAUGUUAAUUUUCCGCAUUUUUCAACACUGUCAUCGCUCAAAACUCCUUCCGACACUUCACAAAAGCCACAAAUGGCGUCUUUUCUCAUCCGCAUCUUCCAACUCUGACGACAAAACCUUCAAAUUUGACGAAAUCCCUGCCGAUCGGAUACGGAACUUUAGUAUUUUAGCUCAUGUCGACCAUGGAAAAAGCACUUUGGCGGAUCGGAUGCUCGAGAUGACCAACACACUGAAAGUUUCGGAUACCGGCAAGUCCCAAAUUCUCGAUAGUUUGCAAGUUGAACGGGAACGCGGGAUCACUGUGAAAGCCCAAAGUGCCUCGUUGCUUUAUAACUACAAAGGCGAGACUUAUUUGCUGAAUUUGAUUGAUACGCCGGGUCAUGUUGACUUUUCGAACGAAGUUUCGCGCAGUUUGGCGGCUUGUGACGGGAUUAUUUUGCUUGUUGAUGCAAAUUCAGGGGUUCAGGCGCAAACAGUGGCGAAUUAUUACCUCGCUGCCGGAAAAAAUUUAAAAGUUUUGCCGGUAAUGAACAAAAUUGACCUGAAAAAUGCCGAUCCGGAAGCUGUGGAGAAGCAAUUAGAGACAAUUUUUGAUAUUGAUCCGAAGGAAGUUGUUCGGAUAUCCGCCAAAAUGGGCACGAAUGUCGAUAAAGUGUUGGAAAAAAUUAUUGAAACGAUUCCGCAUCCAAAUGUCGAUCGUCAAGGAAAGACCAGAGCACUUUUGUUCGAUAGCAGAUACGAUAAAUAUCGAGGAGCGAUGAAUUUAAUGUACUUAAAGGACGGUACAUUGGAAGUUGGGCAGGAAAUCACGUCAUGUCACUCAGGGAAGACUUAUGAAAUUAAAAGUAUCUCACUUUUGAGGCCGGAUGAGUUUCCCGUAAAAAAAUUAAUUGCCGGGCAAAUCGGAUUAAUCGGUUGCAACAUGAGAUCCAUCAAAGAAGCGCAUAUUGGAGACACGUAUCACAUAAAAAACGCCAGUGUUGAACCUCUCCCCGGCUUUAAACCGAUAAAUCCGAUUGUUUUUGCGGGAGUUUACCCCACAGAUCAGUCCCAUUACACCCAAUUACGAUCCGCGAUCGAAAAAUUAAUCUUAAACGACAGUUGUGUGACCCUCGUGCCUGAUUCCAGUCCCGCUCUUGGUCAAGGAUGGCGUCUCGGGUUCUUGGGAUUGCUUCAUUUGGAAGUUUUUUCACAACGACUCGAACAGGAACACAAUGCCGAAGCACUUUUAACUGCCCCAUCGGUGACGUAUCGCUUCAAACUCAAGGGAACGAAGAUAAUUAAGCAGCACGGCGCGGAAAUUAUCGAAGUAAGUAACCCAGCGUUGAUGCCAGAUCCCCUUCAUAUCGAAGAAUCGUACGAACCAAUGGUCUACGGAACAAUUAUCUCGCCUGUCGAACACGUGGGCGACUUAAUUUCGAUUCUGAUGGAACGUCGGGGUGUCGAACAGUCCUCCAGUAACAUCGACAACGAUCGUGUAAUGUUAACUUAUAAACUUCCUUUGAACGAAAUCAUUUUGGACUUUCAUGAUAUCCUCAAAUCCAUGACGAGCGGAUAUGCAAGCUUCGAUUAUCAAGAUGCCGGAUACGAAUUGACGCAUUUGGUCAAGUUGUGUAUCCUCCUGAACGGGCAAGAAGUCAACGAGCUGAGUCAAAUAGUGCAUUUUAGCAAAGCAACGGCGCACGCAAAGCAAAUGGUGGCGAAAUUGAAGGAGGAAAUCCCGAGGCAGCAGAUUCACAUUGCGAUUCAGGCGUGUGUGGGAAGUAAAAUUUUGGCGCGAGAGAAUAUUAAGCCGUUUAGGAAGGAUGUCACGCAAAAAGUCAAAAGCGGAGGGGAUAUGGAGAGGAAAAGGAAGUUGCUGAGGGCGCAGGCUGAGGGAAAGAAGAAGAUGAGGUCGAUUGCGAAUAUUAAUGUGCCACGGGAGACGUUUAUUAAUGUUUUGAAGAGAAAUUAGAAAUAGAAGAAUUUUUUUACUCUAUGUUGAAAAAAAA